UUAGGACAGGCUAUCUGAGCAGCUGUGACUAACCAGAAAGACAGGCAUAGGCUGAGAAGAGCGACAGCAGCUAACCCAGGGCCAUCACAAGAAAUGGUCUUCUAACAUGCAAAUUCUUUCCUAGAUUUUCAUUUUCCUUGAAUUGAUUGUGCCUUUCUUUUUCUUUUCCAUUUUCAUUUCAUUUUUAAGCACAUUAAAGUUAUAAAUUGAAAGAAAGAAUUAACAGACCAAAACUUUCCUAACUAUUGAACAAAGAAGAGCAGGAAAUGACUUCUACCAAGAUUCUUAUUAAAGGAGGCAAGGUGGUGAACGAUGACUGGUCACGAAUCAGCGAUGUCUACAUUGAAGAUGGCAUAAUUAAAGCUGUUGGGAUAAAUCUACCAUUGUCAGCAGAUGUAAAGGUAGUGGAUGCAACUGACAAGCUGGUGAUCCCGGGCGGAAUUGACACUCACACACACAUGGAACUCGCCUUCAUGGGCACCAAAGCAGUGGAUGACUUCUACAUAGGAACUCAGGCUGCCCUAGCUGGGGGCACUACGAUGAUUCUAGACUUUGUCAUACCACAAAAGGGUCAAUCACUCCUUGAAGCCUUUGAAAACUGGAAGAGCUCUGCAGAUCCAAAAGUUUGCUGUGAUUAUUCUUUGCAUGUGGCUGUCACAUGGUGGAGUGAGAAGGUAAAAAAGGACAUGCAGAUUCUGGUAGAAGAAAAAGGUGUCAACUCCUUUAAAAUGUUUAUGGCAUAUAAAGAUGUCUUCAUGCUGCAAGACCAUGAGCUGUAUCUGGCAUUUUGCCACUGUAAAGACCUUGGGGCUGUUGCUCAGGUACAUGCUGAAAAUGGACACUUGAUUGCUGAGGGUGCAAAGAAAAUGCUAUCAAUGGGAAUCACGGGGCCAGAGGGACAUGAAUUGUGCCGUCCUGAAGAAGUGGAGGCAGAGGCUACCCAGCGUGCCAUCACAAUAGCAAAUUCUGUGAACUGUCCACUCUACAUUGUUCAUGUGAUGAGCAAAUCUGCUGCCACAAUUGUAGCUAAUGCACGCAGAGAAGGAAAAGUCGUCUUCGGUGAGCCAAUUGCAGCAGGUCUAGGAACGGAUGGUUCUCAUUACUGGAAUGAAGAUUGGGCUCAUGCAGCAAAAUUUGUCAUGGGCCCCCCUUUGCGACCAGACCCCAGCACCCCUGGAUACCUUAUGGACUUAUUGGCCAAUGAUGAUCUCAGUGUGACUGGAACAGAUAACUGCACUUUCAAAACCUGCCAAAAAGCACUAGGAAAAGAUGACUUCACUAAAAUACCAAAUGGAGUAAAUGGUGUAGAAGAUCGUAUGUCUGUCAUAUGGGAGAAGGGAGUGCAUGCAGGAAAAAUGGAUGAAAAUCGUUUUGUUGCAGUUACAAGCAGUACUGCAGCAAAAAUCUUUAAUCUUUAUCCAAAGAAAGGAAGGAUAGCCAAAGGUUCUGAUGCAGAUAUUGUUGUCUGGGACCCAUCGACUACCAGGUACUCUCCAUUCAUUAGUGUUUAG